AUGCUCAUUCGCUAUCUUGUUGAGAACACUGCAAACGUGCAGACAUAUGCGUUAGCGCAUCAUCGCUUGGAAUUGUUACGUGGUGCUGCACCGGUUGCAGAAAGCCCCGGUGCCACGUUCUGUGAGAACGCAGUGGAUGGCUGGGCACACCUGGACUCCCAGUGGAUGGACAAGACUUCAAUGAAGGCACAAACACAGUUGGAUGUACUUAUCGCAGAAUUUAACAGACAGAAAGAAGAAGGCGUCAAGGAGUCUACGCGUCGUGCAUUCAACGACGUUUUUGAGCAACACAUCGCAAUGGGACAGUUACAGGAAGCAGCUAAGCUUUACAGUCAUGGAAUACGCGAGUACUGCACCUCACCAAAACAUGUCAUCCAGGUUGCGCAGUAG